AUAGGAACUCCCCAAACAAAAUUCCUCUCAAAAAAUCUUUUCUUUCUCUUUAAAACUAUAUAAAUAUAUAUUUUUUCUUCCUCUCCUUUCAAAAUCCCAUUUCUGCAAAUUAUACAAACAAAGGAUUAAGAACAUGGCAAAGAUUGGGAAGCUAACAAAGCUCAAGUCUGCGAUAAAAAGAUGGCCAUCUUUAACCAAGCUAGCUCGCACAAACAGCACCAUUGCUGCCACCAAUGAGUCUGAAGACAAGAUUUUAAAGGGUAUCGAUGAUGAUGAUCAACUCCAUGCAGUUUAUGUGGGGAAAUCUCGGCGGCGAUAUCUUUUGAGCUCUGAUACCAUUUAUCAUCCUCUCUUUCAAGAGUUGAUAGAGAGGUCAGGUGGAUUUGAUCAUGACGGGGAAGUUGUCGUUUCUUGUGAAGUUGUUUUGUUUGAGCAUUUGUUGUGGAUGCUUGAAAGCGGUGGCUCUCAAUUGGGUUCCAUGGAAGAACUGGCUGAAUUCUACCAUACUUGCUAAUUCAUGAUGAUGAUCAAAGGUCUGUAAUAUUUAGUAGAGAUACAAAGCAAUUUGAUGGUGAGAAUAUAUAAUUAACCCAUUAACUGGUUUAAUGAUGUUGAUGUUUAAAGAAGUUGACUAGUUCUUUAUCUUUUUCUUUUUCUUCCUCUAAUCUAGUUACUAGGAUUAUUAUUCUCAAAAUGUUAAAUGAAAAAAUUAUCAAGUACAAAGUACUCUCAAUCAGAGAUGGUUUGCUACAAGUUUCUUUUCA